AUGAUCUGGGCCUCGGAUCAAGACACGUACUCUUGGAGCGCACAUGAAGCUCUACUUGGCAAAACGCUCAAGUCAAACAGUCAAGUAGCCCUUCAAACCGACUCUGCCUUGCUUAAGGAACUCUCUGUUAAAGCCGUCAACAAAGGUCUGAAUCAACAAUGUUACCGGGGUACGGAAUGUGUCGAUCUCAGCAACCCUCAGGUCAAUUGCGAGGCUGGUUAUACUCUCGUGGGAUAUGACAAGUCCAAAUGCAGAAAGUCUGCAGAUUAUUAUGGUAUGCCAAUCUGUUGUGCGACGUCUUCAAAACCAUCUUCUUGCACAUGGCGAGGCAGUGGUGGAGACUGCGAUGGACAAUGCCAUGAAAACGAAGUGACUCUUUUCACGUCCUCAACUGGAGGUGGAGACUAUGAUGGCUUCAAAAGCCAAUCUGGCACGAAGAAAUGUUCUCGUGGCAAGAAAGCUUUCUGCUGUACAGAUGAUCAAUUCGACGACCUGACAGCAGAUUGCUAUUGGACUGGCUGUAACGGCAAAUGUGCCAGUGGUGAGACCAGCGUCGCAACCGCAAGCAACCUUUACGAUAAGUGUACUAUCUUCCAUCAUUCAAUGCACUAUUGCUGCAAGACAUCGCCUGCUCCUUUGACGGACUGUCACUGGGUGGGAAAAGGUGAUUGUGCAGACAACCGAUGCAGUAGUUCUGAAGUCACGCUAGCAACGAAUGGUCAAGGCGACUCUUUUUCGAGCUGCAACUGGUGGCGCAAGAAGGCUCUCUGCUGUACCCCUGGAACGUCUGCGGCGGCUGGAUGUCAAGAUGUUGACCCCUGUGAUCUCGACUCGACGCUGUGUACAGACUAUAAUGACGAGUAUGGCACCAGUCUCAGCAAGCGUGAUUUGCUCCCUGGAUGGGCAGAUCUCGAGGGAGACCUUGAAUACGAUGGAUUAUACAAUGGGACCUACUUGGACCUCAUCGAGAGGGAGCUCAUGUUUGACGAUGAUGAAGAAGAGACGCACACGCUUGAAAAACGAGCCGCUCCAAGAAGAGAAAUGCCCGUGAGAUUUAUGCUUAAAGGCAUUGAAAAAGUCGUCACAAUGUUGUCAAUGUCUUAUCCUUCGAAUGGAGAGUUGUUCAAAGGCAAGCGAGGGAAAGAGGUCCUUCAGAAGGCCAUGGUUUUGGCAUCACAAUCUUGUGGAUCAUGUGCUAUAUCCGCCAUUGAUCCCAGCUCUGCUUCAAAAUGUGACACGGAGCAUAUUGUGGAUCUUCAAUAUAUCCCACAGCUCUUCACCACAGCCCUUAGUGGGGUUCUCCCUACAGGAAAGAAAAUGGCCUCUUCUAUAAUCAACCAAGCUGACUUCCUGAAAUACGCCAGGGACGCAGUUUCGGACCUUGCCAAGGCAGGAAAGAUUUCCAGCGGCGAUUCUUCCAUCAUGAAUGAUCGUCUUUUCAAUGCAAUUGGAUCCACCACAAAUCGUCUCGGCUUGAUCCGUACAGCUACUAAUGUGAAUCUGUACAAGGGUCGGGUUUUCGAUUUUUUGGAUGAUUCUAACUUCGAGUUCACUGGCUCAAUUAAAAGUGUUAUCGAGUUGAAGAAGUGGCAGAAGAUUCUGAACACCGCGGUAAAAUAUGGCACGUCAGAAGACCAGCUUCUCGAUCCGAUCCGUAUGACUAUCGCGGUGUGGGUGUACCUCAACAAUGCGCAAGUCCUUGCACGACUCAAUCAAGUUCGUCAAAACAUCUAUACUGAGACGAAGAAUGUCGCAACCUAUGUGCCGGGUAUGACCAGUUUGCCAUCGAUUAUGAAAGAAUUCGAUAAAGCCUACUUCGAGCAUGCAGCGGCCGAGUCAUUAAAAUGGACAGAAGCACGCAUCGCAGCGGUUUCUUCUGCAUACACGAAUACUCUGAUUGUCCCUGGGAACUCGGAGAUUGUGAAGUCCACCCUCAACCUUCUUUACAACAACUUGAAUGAGAUCAAAACUCCCGAUUUAGAUUCUUUAGAUUAG